AUCUCCAUCUCCAUCUCCAUCGCCGUCUCCGUCCCUCUCUUCCUCUUCAGACCUCUACCUGAAUUCCUGGAGGAGGAAUCAAGUCUUCUCCGCAUUGCACAAGGCGCCGCCUGUUUGCUUACCAGUACUACUUCCAACAAUACCUAGUAUCAUAAUCAGAUUUGGACUCCAGGCACCCCGUGGCUCGCUGCCUUGCAGCUCCAUACCAUACCUCAACAUGGCUGACAUAGUCCAAAGACUAGCUUCCAACAUCUCCGCUCAACAUCUAUCCGGCCUCGCAGCCUCGCCCUCGAAACAUCUAUCCGCCCUUUCCUGGCUGUGGUCGUACUAUCUUCUGCCCGCUGUAGUGGCAUAUCCCCUCCUCUGCUCCGCCUUGAGAUUCCGUCGCCUGAAGAAUAUUCAAGCCAAAUACAACUAUGGAUCCUCCACAAAUCCGUCAUAUGAGGGGAUGACGGUCGUGGAAGCGCACAAGAUCAUUGACUCAAUGAGCUGUUUCGAGUUUCCUGCCCUGUUUACCAAAGGCUUGCAGUUUGCCCUGUUUCGCACCUACGGCAUUCCCACCAUUAGCAGCUUGCUCUUUAAGACGACGCAGCUUUCUGCCGAGAAGAACGUUCCCAAGCGCUACGCAGACACGACCAUCCUUCUGUUUGACAUCAUGUCCGCGGAGCCAAACAGCGAACGGGCCAAUAAUGCUUUUGCAAGGCUGAAUUAUCUCCAUGGACAUUACAUCCGACAAGGAAAGAUCAGCAACGACGACAUGCUCUAUACGCUGGCGCUUUUUAUGAACCAGCCCGUCGAGUGGGUCAACCGAUUCGAGUGGAGACAGUUCACUGACUUGGAAAUCUGUGCCAUGGGUGUUUUCCACAAGUACAUGGGAGAAUCCAUGCAGAUCAAUUUUGACGUGCUGCCCAGUGCCAAGUCCGGGUGGAAGGAUGGCCUUCAUUUCUAUCGUGAGCUCAACACAUGGUUCAAGGAUUACGAAAAGGAGUACAUGGUGCCAGAUGUGACGAACUAUGAGGUUGCUGUAAAAACCCGCGACCUUUUGAUAUGCAACGCACCUACGUUCGCGCAUUCUGUUCUCCAGAAGAUGGUCAGUGCGCCGCUCGACGAUCGAUUGAGAGAGGCCAUCAUGUUUGACAAGGCCCCGCCUGCCUACACGGCAUCUCUAAAUGGUUUCAUGACCUUGCGCAGAGUUCUCCUGCGUUACCUCGCCCUCCCUCGACCAUGGUUUAUGGAGGAUACGAUUAUGACUGAGAAGCCUGACAAGGCUGGUCGACGCUACAUUGUCACGUGGGACACCAAGCCUGUAUAUGUCAAGCCCACUUUGUGGAAUCGCUGGGGACCUGGCGCACUCAUGUCUCGAGUUCUUGGAAUUGCCGUUCCUGGUGAUGCAGGUACCCAUCCAGAAGGAUUCGUCGUUGAUGAUGUCGGUCCCUCAGUCUUCGUAGGCAAGGGUCGAGCAGAGGCUCGGGAGACAGUUAAGCACCUCGAAACCAAAGCAAAUAUAGGUUGCCCCUUUGCCAUGCAAAAGCGUUGAG